AUGCAAGCAAGGCAUUCAGCGCCGAGCGUGAGCCCUACCAAUGCGCGUAUUGUGGCAAGGUGGGACACACGGUGGAUCGUUGCUGGACAAAGCAGAAGAACGAAGGUCAGGGGAGCCCGACGCGGCGGCAAUGGUCGUGGACGCGGGGCUAACAAUGUCCAGUGGGGACAUCAUGAUGAAGGCAAUGGCUACGAUCGAGUGGCGUUUGCAGUCUCGUUCGAAUGUGGAGUUUCGACGAGCAAGGACGUGUCUGGAAUGUGGGCCGUCGACAGUGGUGCAACGCACCACAUUUGCCACGACAAGACCAAGUUCGCAAGUUUGGCAGAGCGCAAUGAGGGCGAACUCUUGGUGGCUGAUGGCAACAAGGUGGCCAUCAAGGGUGUGGGAACCAUCAUGGAAAAGGUGGUUCUGCCCAACGGUGAAGAGCGUGAGAUCGAAAUCAAGAACCGCUAUAUGUUCCAAGUAUGA